GCGUGCCUACAACACGUUAGAUUGUGCUCCCCGAGAAUUUCACAGCGUUUUCUCAGGAACUGUCAUCAUGCGACCGCGUACCGUUUUCAACAUGCGGAAAAGCAUGAAAGCGGACACGCUUUGGUAAUGUUUGGUUUUGACGUAGGCUAGAAUCACAGUUGUGACCAGCCACUAAGCGUUUAACUAACUUACCCGCAUUUUACCUUUACCGCUCACAUCCACCUGUUGUCCCAUCGGCGGCAAGUAGGCACACAAAGACUGUGGGACUGUGAGUGAGAAAUGAAAUGAGGUUUUACCCCUAUAAGUUUGCAUGUCUCUUGACGUUCGGGUGUUUUGUGUCGGUUAUUUGGAUUAAAUCGAUUCCCAGUGAUGAAGGUUCAACAGUGAUGCCUGACCUGCAGAUCCUGUACAAGCGUCUGCUGGUGGCCGAGGAGCUGGGGGGAAAGGUCAGUCAGGAUCUCAGCAGCAUCCUGGAACAGCUAAAGAACUUUUCCAAAACUGGCAACGACACCUAUCUUUACUCUGUCCGCAACAGGACAGGCUUUAAAGAAACAGAGAAGCAACCUACAGGCAUGCAAACAUUCCUUCAGCCCAACAUUUACGUUUUCAUGCCCCACCUCAGACACCAUCCGGGCAGCCUUGUACCUAAUGUAGUGCUGGGACAGGGACGUCGUGGAGUGUCCAUGGUGCUUGGCAUUCCCACUGUGAAGCGUGACAAGCAAAGUUACCUGGUCAACACGCUUAGCUCUCUGCUAUUUGGCCUGACUGCGUCACAGUGCCAGGAUCUCCUCAUCAUCGUCUUUGUUGCUGAGACAAACUCAGACUAUGUGAACGGUGUAGCAGAGACCAUCAUGAAGAAUUUUCCCAACGAGGUGCAGUCUGGAUUGCUGGAGGUCAUCUCUCCUUCGCAGUAUUACUACCCCAACUUCACCAGCCUUAAGGAGACCUUUGGAGACUCCAAAGAAAGAGUCAAAUGGCGGACAAAGCAGAAUCUGGACUUCAGCUUCCUCAUGCUCUACGCUCAAGACAAAGGAACCUUUUAUGUUCAGUUAGAGGAUGAUGUUGUUGCUAAGUCGGGCUACUAUGACGAGAUGAAGGCCUACGCCAUAAACGAAGCUUCAAAGCCAUGGCUCUACCUUGAGUUCUCCCAGCUUGGAUUUAUAGGCAAGAUGUUUCGGACCCGUGACCUCCCAAUGAUCACCGAGUUCUUCCUCAUGUUUCACAGAGACAAACCUAUUGACUGGCUGCUGGAUCACAUUCUGUGGGUGAAGGUUUGCAACCCCGAGAAAGAUGAUAAACACUGCAGAGAGCAGAAGGCACUACUCAAGCAGAGGUACAAGCCUUCCCUCUUUCAGCAUGUUGGUCUCCACUCUUCUCUGCCCGGGAAACUGCAGCAUCUGAAGGAUAAAGACUUUGGGAAGCAGACACUGUUCAAGGCUCACAAUAACCCACCUGCAGAGGUGAGCAGCACUUUGAAACACUACCAGACGCACAGUUUGAAAAGUGCUUACGAGGGACGAGAUUUCUUCUGGGCAAUAACUCCCCUCCAGGGUGACUACAUCCUCUUCAACUUCUCCCAGCCACUUUACGCUUCUGGACAGAUGAUGGUGACCCAGUCUGCACGUUACAACUGCUUUACAAACGGCUUUCAUUUGCAUCCUGCUUGACUCUACAAGUUUAACAUACACAUGCAUGAAACAAGCAACAGCUAGAGGAUGACAAGGUACAGCACAAAUGCUGCGGCAAGGCAGAGCCAGGAUGUCGGGUCAGGGGGAGAUGUCCUUAUCCCCACCCUCAGAGACUGGGUACCAAGCCCUAAGAGCAACUGGUGCGUUGAAGGCGUGGAAUGUGAGAGCAGCUGACCCGAAAGUGAAGAUGAUGGCUAAGCUGGAAACCUGGCCGACUACGUGAAGUACCCUCUGAAAGCCUACUAGAAGAUGUGAAUGCAGCAUUAGCAACAAUCCCUACUGUCACUCAGAUUAGUAUCUGGGAAUCUUUUAAAAAAAAUGUUAGCACUCAUAUUCUCUACCAAAUUUGAUAAGAAUUGAUUAUUUUCUCCUCACCAUUUAAUAGUUUGUGAUAUAUUUCCUAAGAAUGUUUAAAUCUCCUUGUGCUACUAAAUAAAGAGAAACUGUAGCAUCAAAGUCAGUAUGACUCCAACAGUCGUUUUGUGAAAGUCGCGCUGUUAUGGUCAAACAAAAAGCGACGACUGGUUGCAGCACAUCUUUCUGGAAAGUCAACAUUCUAUCUGUAUGAGCUUCAUGACUUUUCCUGUACAGUGCAUGUGCCAGACUGUGAUCCUAUGCUGACAUGACUGUCUGGUAGUCACACUACACUACGUGUAGUCACACAGUUACAAAGAAUGACUUCCCUCCAUAAUAUGAAGCAACUAGAAAAAUGCAUCAAGACGAAAACUAGAAAAAUGACAGUUUCUUUGCUCAAUUUUAAAUAUUUUUCUCCUGUCAAGUGAUACUGUGGCAGUUUAAAACAUCUUUACACAGGUUUCAGUUAUUCAGAAUAACGUCUGUAUGUUAGAGCAAUAAAGUUUAAAGUGAUAGGUUAAAGUUUGUUGUUGUUUUUUUUCAGUGCACAAAUGAACAUGAACGCCGGUUUAAAGGAAAAUUUAAUUUAGAAAUGAAACUGAAAU